AGUCAUUAAAUUCCUCUAAACCUUGGUCAAAAAAAUACCGGGUGCUGAGUAUCGUAAAAGUUUCGGCAGAAUUUUAUUUUUAGAAAUUAAAAUUUUAAGCUUCAAGCAAUUUAAUAUUCAGUAUGGCAUCACCUGACUCCAAAGUGUCUCUAACAAGCAAAUUGGGACUGCGACCUCUGACAACGCAGAACAUUCUGUUUCACUAUGCCCCAGCACAAGGUAUUCUCAGUUAUACCGCACUUUCUGUUAACGUGAUGAAUCCGUCGCUUGUCCUGAGGAUAUUCCCUAAGAGGGACAUCACAAAUAUUUUGCUGUUCAAUUCGCUGGUAGGUUCUGGCUUGUAUUUGUACAACCGGCCGCACUUGGCAGCUUUGCCGACCAGAGAAAAGCUUCUGUUCAGCUCGUUUGGUGCUGUAACAUUUUCUCUUGGUUCUGUUCUGAUAUGGGCCAUAAUUCGUAGCGUUGUGCCGCAAAAUGUGGCCUUAUGCACCGUUUGCGGCAUUGGCUCAGGAUUGGCUCUGAUUAAAAUUGGCAAAAGCUAUACCGAAACCGUAGACUCUCUUGUCAGUAAGAAGCUUUAAAGACAUGUACACUCAAAUUUGUUGUAAUUGUAUUUAUCAAUAAAUAAACUAGUAGUCGUUUUUUUAAG